CCUGCGCCAUGUUGUUAAACACAAACGAACAAAAAUCAAUCGAAGCAGUCGCUGUGUACCCCUCUCAGUUUACGGUCGAACAAAAUCUUUUCGGUCACAAGUGAUCCGCGUUAAUUUAGUGCUUGUUAAUAGUGCCCUUAUCCGACUAAUAAUGGCCACAAACGGUGGUGUGCCCGUUUAUGACGCACCGCGAUCCAUCGGUAUCAGGUAUGGGCCGGAUACGCGGCUCAAUUGCUGUGUCGAGGGGUGUGUUUCCAUGUACGGCGACAUAGGCAUAAGUUUUCACCGCUUCCCGACGAUCAAUACGGCUCGGGAUGUCCUGCGUAGGGAACUGUGGGUCGAAGCGGCCGGCUUGCCGAACGACGCGAACGUCAUCGAUAAUGCGCUCAUUUGCGGAAGACACUUCGAAAAAGGGAAACCAUCACUUCCGAAUGAAAUUAGGGCUCCCAACUGGACUCCGAGUCUACAACUGAACACGUUGGUGGCGCCACGUUCCAUAGAAAAUGCGAUUGGUGGCGGUGGCAUGACAGAACCAUCAUCAUCGAACGUGCUAGUCCCCAUAGCCUCCUUACCGCAUAAUAAAAACCAAGUCUCGAUUUUACCCAUAAUGGGACCCCAGACUGUUCCGAAGGAUAUGAAUCUACCUGAGUAUUGUCGACUUUGCUUAACCGAGAACGUGCAGUUGGUCUUCCCGAAGGACUCCAGAGUGUACGAUCAACUGGCCACCAAAAUCAGCGAUCAUCUGCGAAUAACCAUAACUGUCGCUGAGCUGACCCGCUGUAUGAUCUGCAAGAAAUGCUACGAAAUGCUGGAACAGUUCCAUCAGUUUCGUAUCCGCUGCGUUCGCCAGGAGAUGUAUUUGAACAUGCGAAGGUGCUUGGAACCGGAUCGCAAACAUCCGCUUCGGUACAAAGACAACUGGUACUGGUACUCGUGCCUUGGCAACAACAUGAACUCCGUAAUCUGGGGCUGCAGCGUGGUGUGCUGUCCGGCAUUCAUUGUAAGCCACCCGAGUGGGCGAAUCUGCUCCAAGUAUGCAAACCAUCAGCAUAAGCAGAAGAUGGACGACGUCAAGGCGAUAUACUGCAAUGGCGAGUACAUUUACGAUGGCUAUCGAUACAGUUUUGAGGUCAUCAAUCUGAACAGAACGCUGUCAUUCAGCUGUCGGAGUUUGAAGGAUCCCCAUAAUGAGUGCACGGCUGUCCUGACAUCCAACGAUCGCAGUGAAGUGCUAUCCGUAGGGGUGCAUAAUCAUGAACGGGAGAUCAUCAUUGAAUCCGCGGUGAAAGACGCAGUAGACGGAGCGAAGAGAUCUAUUACGUUGAUUCGCGGUUUCAAUAAUGAACUUGUGGUUUGCCAAGGUUACUGGUACAGAAAGGUUUCGGAACAGAGCAGUGUGUCACACUGGAAUUGUAUCCGGAAUGAUUGCACCAGCACAAUCACAAUGGUAAAUGGUACUGUUCAGUACUUUGGCACUCAUUGUCAUUUGCCGGUUUUCUUGAAAUGGGGCGCAGAGGAGGACAGAACUAUUGAACCGAAAACUACCACUCUGAUGAAGAUAGUGAAUCCAACGGCGCCGAAGCCGACUGCGAUUGCUGAAACAGCAACAGUACGGCAGAUUCCUCCCGUAGCAUUUCGAGAAUCAACGACCAUUGUUCAUUCAGCACAACCGACGAUAUCCGUGAUACCGUCAAGUCAGGCAAGUCAGACCCGUUUCAAUGUUCAACCCAUUGCAACCAUUAUUAAAACGGAACAAAGAGAAAUGUCGCCAAUUCACCUUACCUAUAACCGGGAGACUCUUAUCCCAUCUACAAUGGUCAGAACACAACCAACUCAACCUUUGGUAGUGUCCGCUGCAGUGAUGGCCUCCAAAGCAGCACCUAGUUUACCGACAAGUGUGCAAUCGAACGUCAAUGCAAAAUUCGGUAACCCUAUCAGUGUGGUAAAACGAACGACUGCUCCAACGGUGCGUGUUGUUGCUCCCCCGCGUCCCAAACUAGUUCUGCCGUCACAUGCGCCCAAGCUAUCUGUUCUACCAACGCGAACAAACGAUCAGCCCUCCGCCCCUACAGUCCCCAAAAUUCUUCACGUCAUGUCCCUGAAUUUGGCGCAUCAACCUGAACCAACGUCUGUCCCGGAAGUGAUUGUUACAGUUUCUCAACCUCUGUCUGUUUCUCAACCUACUGAAUCGAUUGAGAUAGAAGCGACGAUCAAACAAGAGCCUGAUCCAGAUCCAGAAGAUGAUGCAGAAACUAUAACAGAUGAGAUAAAUACCACAGAUCAAACACCAAUUCCUGCUCCAAGUAUGAGCGCUGACCCUAUAGCUGAGCAUCUCCCGAAACCUCCGCCCCUUACGCCACGACCAAUGAUGUUGGUAUCAUCGGCAUCUGUGGUUAGCAACAACACUUUGGAUAUCACCUCACUGGAUCAAACCUGCAUCGACGGCUUGGAGUCGGCACCAAAUAAACCGGCAACAGAGGGAUUGCAACAACAGCGGACCGUUGUAGACGAAGAUGAUGGUUUGCACGAUCUUCAGGACGACGACGAAAUUCCGCCGAUCGUGCCCAUCGAUGCCGACAUAGUGUCGCGAAUAAUCGGCAACGAAUACACGACCAGAGUGCUUCCCAACGGCAAAACCCAGGUGAUACGCAAGGCCAUACUUUCACGGAGCUCGGGCUCGGCAUCGCAACCUACGAUGCAGCAGCAGAAGGUCUUAUCGGCCGCUCAACUGCUGGCGGGGCGCACCGAAUUGAAUGUGAAAUCGGUGCGAAAGAUUGGCAGCUCGAAUGCUGCAACCGCGUCGAAGCGAAACAGCGAUGCGGGCGAGCUGGAAGAUCCUCUCAGCAAGAAGACGAAGAUAAGCGAUCCCUUGGAAGUACUUGAACCAGUAAUUGUGAAUGUCGAAAAAUCUACCGAACCAGACAAUACGGAACAAGAGCAGGACGAAUUGGCUGCAGAAGACCCCAUCGCCGUGUCGACAGAGCCACAUCAGAAUCUGUCCGACGAAGAACCGGAACAAACAGAUUAUGCCUCAAGUGAUGAACCGAUUGUGAGAUCGAGUAGUACAUCAGAAAAAGAUGAAAGUAGCAACCAGGAUAUGUCGGCCCCGGAACAAGAACGAUCAGCCAUCGUGCAGGAACCUGCUGUUGUACCAGAUGUUACUCCAGAUCCUCAAGAAAGUCAAUCUGAUAAGAAGAUGUCCUCCUCCAAGUCGGUCCAGCUGGUCAAGCUUCAGCGUACCCAACAAAUGCUAAGCCACGAGGGUCACCUGUACAAGCUGAAAUGGCACAACCGACGACGCAAUUAUUGGGAUUGUAUGCUCCGUGAACAGGUCAACUGCAUGGCCAUUUUGGAAACGGUAGGCGAGGAUAGCCGUCACUGGAGGAAAUACGGUGCGCACAACCACAAAAUACCCAAACCAAUAAUCAACGAUGAGAAUCGUAGCAGUUACCGGAUGCUGACGAACGAAACCAAUCUGGCGAAUGUGAAACAGCUGCCCAUUCAGACGACGAACAUAUGCGACGUCCAGGAAAACGUGGGCCGGAUGAUGAGUUUGGCCAAACGAAAAUUGUUCGGUUAUAAAAUUAAAAGGAUUGGCAAGGGUGUGAUUCUGUACUAUGCAAACUACGAGUACAGGUACAACAAUAUGGUUGGUCCAGGUUUCAGAUGGAAAUGUGCGUCAUGUUCAUGUACAAUCGAAACCGAUGAGAAGUUCACCAUUGCCCAGGAGGUGGGUAUGGUUCAUAAUCAUGAUCCCCACGUGCCGGAUGUCAUCGAACUCGAAGAUGACGCACCUUCUGAACUCUCAAAUGCUAAAGCUCCGCUGGUUCAACCUAAAAAAACAGUGAAAGCCGUACCAACAACCAAUGAUGAAUCAAUUGAUGUGGAUCCCCUGAGAGAUGCGAUACAAGAAGAUGUUACUGAUUCGGACAAAGAACCUGAGCCUACUCCACAGGAAACAGAAGCCCAGGACGAAUUGACUGAACAAACGCAUGAGACACCGAUCAAUGAAAAAGCCCCUGUGACGAAAUCUGCUGUACAACAGACACAAGUCCAAUCCAGUGAAACGUCUCUCUUUGACGAAGAUGAGGACCCUAUUGAUGCCAUGCUCCGGGAAAUUACGGGAGACCAAGAUGAACCCACUCAAUGUCUCACGAAUCCUCCUUCAGCAGGCAAUGAAUCUGACGAAGAGGAGCUAACACUUGAUCCAUCAACCGGUGACAUGGUCAAGAUAGGGGAAUUAAAACGGAAAGAAUAUCGCAAGACUAUACUUGAGGACAUCGUUGCCGAUGAGGAUGACGACGAGAUGGAAUACCUUGACCCACUGACCGGCGAAAUGCGACGAAAAGGCGAUCAGCCUCCUCUAGCUACUGAACCACUUCCUGACAAUGCCGAUGAUCAAAACUCGUCGGAUUUGGGAACAGUUGUGGGCCCAAAGCCUUCCAACGUAGAUUUUGAGGAUCUGCUCAAGAAGGGAUCUCCGAAAGCACCACUUGAUACCAGAAAACUAAAGGGACCAAAGAAAAAUUCUUUGGCAGCACUUAAAAUGGUUGUUGAAAUGCACAAACAACUAAAGAAACCCGAUCCCGAACGCAACUUUGAAGUACUCCCGGCUCCAGGCGAUGAAAACAACUGCCUAAUUCGGUUCAAUGAGUAUACGUAUGAAUUGGACACGGUUACCGAUGUUGUCUCAGUGUGGAAGUGCCAUCUCUCACCUCAGUACACGUGCCGAGGCAAAAUACAUCUAAAAAAUGACUGCCAACAAGUGCUGACUACCGGGGUCAAUCAUUGUCAUCCGUCCACGCAGGUUGAUAUGUUCACUGAACUGCCUCGGCAGCUUGAUGGUCAAAUCACAGACAGCGAUAUUGGUGCUGAACGGAAGUACACCUUCUUCAAGCGACCCGAUGACGUGUAUCAGUUGCGAUUGGACGAUGGCUACAUGUACAAUUGCUUGACCAUCGCUAAGACCGGUGUCAGUUGUUGGCGAUGUGCCGAUAGGCAGACCCACAAUUGCAAAGCCAUGUUCACUAUGGAGGGAGAAUUCAAGUCGCUCGUUAGGAACAGAUUUAGCCAUCCGCAUGAUCCGGUGGACUUGGGGCAAGAAGAGGGAACUGAAUCAGAGGAAAAUGGUAAGGAUUCAAUCGAUCAGAAUGUUACGAUUCCAACCAAAAGGUCUGCUAAGGAUGAGCACGAAGAUGAUGUAAAAAAGCCAAAAAGGCAAACGCUGUAAGCAUUUUGGUUGAGUUGAGAAUUCAGUAACUGUAGUUAUUAGUAGUAUGUAAUUUUAUUUUUAUCAAUACGUCAAACUUGAUAUAUGAUUACAAUGUAUAUAUUA